CGGCAGUCAUUCACUGCGAUGAUCAACUACAUCCUGCUCGUUUCGCGGCAAGGCAAAGUCCGCCUAGCGAAAUGGUUCUCCACGAUGGCGCCGAAGGUCAAGGCCAAGAUCAUUAAGGACGUGACGCAGCUCGUGCUCGCCAGACGAACGAGGAUGUGCAACUUCCUUGAGUACAAGGACACGAAGGUCGUAUACCGGCGCUACGCCUCGCUGUUCUUCGUAUGCGGCAUUAGCUCGAGCGACAACGAGCUGAUUACGCUGGAGAUCAUCCAUCGCUACGUGGAGGUCCUUGACCGCUACUUUGGAAACGUGUGCGAGCUGGACUUGAUCUUCAAUUUCCAGAAGGCAUACUCCAUUCUAGACGAGUUGAUCAUCGCAGGCGAAUUGCAAGAGUCGUCCAAGAAGUCCGUCCUCAGGGUGGUAACGCAGGCUGAUACGGUCGAGGAGCAAGAGAAUUCCGAAGAUACAAUGGCUCGCCUGGGUUCUAGAAGCGGUUAGCCCCAUCGUCGUAUCGCCGCUCGACGACAAGCAGACCAUCUCCUUUCAAGGUCCCCUGAUGUAGGCACGCGCGUCUAUCUGUCAGCUAGUGAAGGCUGUCGUAUCCUGCUCGCCAGAUGCUCGCGGCGCCUGGUAGCGCGGCGCGUGACCGGCUCAUGCUGCGUAGAGACCCAGGCAUUUCUGUCGUGUAUCGCUCUCGUUAUCGUGUUGUAUUCUGGAUGCAAUUCACUGCCCAGCCUUGUGUGCUCAGCGAAUGGGAUCUUGCCGCAUCGCGCCUGCGUAUGAACUGCCUUUUCCG